AUGGCUACAGCGUCACUCAUGCGCGCAUCGUUCGCGUCUAUCGUGCUCUCGCUCGUCCUCGCGUGCGUCUCAGCGCGAGCGGAGACGCGAGCAUGGACACGUCUGAACGCUGAACCGUUCGAGCGUCGACCGUGCGCGUUGCAGCGUUACGACGCGAGUGCGUUGGACGUCAAGACGUUCGAUGAUUACUUUCGCGCGUCGGGCGUCCCGGUCGUCGUUCGCGGACUCACGCCUUUGCGAGCGCGCACGCUCGAGCGCGUGCGUCGGGAGAAGCUUCUCGAGGCGCUGGGAGAUGAGUUCGUGACGCUGAGCUCGUCGAACACGCACUCGCGAGGACGACGGCGGAAGACGUUGCGAGCGUACGUGGAGGAGGACGUUCGGAUGAGUCAGAGAGGGAGCACGGACGCGACGGAGACGUGGUACUGGUUCGGUGAGCACGUUGAAGAGGGUGGGGAGAUGUCGAGGGGGUUGAAGGAGAUUUUGGAGACGUAUGAGAAUUUACCGUACGUACCGCGCGACGCGGAUGUGGCGUAUUCUUUCGGCGUCGGCGGAGGGUUCAGUGGCGUGCCGUUCCACACCCACGGACCCGGAUGGAGCGAAUCAUUGAUAGGACGUAAGCAUUGGUUCUUGUCGGCGCCGAGCGCGACGCCGAGGUUCGACCCGAACGUCACGACAUACGAGUGGGCGCUCGACGCCUUAAAGCGAGGCGAGCUGCACGAGGGUGGAGCGAUUUUGGAGUGCACCGUGAACGAGGGUGAGGCGAUUUACUUUCCUCCGAAUUGGUGGCACGCGACUUUGAAUCUAGAUGAAAGUGUGUUUAUAAGCUCGUUCGUGAAUUACAAGAGCGAUGCUCGAUGGGAAGAGCUUUGA